CAUCCACCCAGCCAGGCAGCCGUCUCGCCGAGCCGAGGUAGUGCGGGAGCGGAUCGGAUGCGGAUGGGGAUGCUGCUACUGUCGCUGUCUUCUCCGGCGCCCUUCUCGUUCUCUCUCCCUGCCGAGCUGACAUGUUUCUACUCCGCCUGCCUUGGAUCCAGCAGUGAAGCAGCCUCUCUCCACGUCCUGAACUUCUCGUCUCAGUGAUUUUUUUUUCCUCUUCCCCGCUCUCCCGGGUCUGAGGAGUGGAUGGGUGUUGAGCUCCGGGCAGAUUCAGCUGUGUGUCUCUGUAUGUGUGUAUGUGUCCGUUUGUGCGUGCGUAGAGGGAAAGGAGAGAUUUCUCAUUGAAAAAAAAUGUUGCAGCUCGAAUAAUUCGUCACUGUUGAAAAGGAAGCCGAGUUUUGCCGGGAGCUGCUGCCUUCCUCUUGUCCGUUUUAUCACUGGGUAUGUUAGUGACUGCCGGAAUGGGCCGGGAACUAAAUGGAUUUAGCUGAACUGCGAUCGAACGUGUUUUCUUAAUUGCUCUCCAGGGACCAACGCGAGUUACUUUUAAACAACCGCCGUGGCUGGCAAGGCUCUCACCUCUUACGGUGUAAUAACAGCCUCCAUCUCCAUGGGUUGGCUACAGGCUCCGACCCGGACAGUAACGGGAGCAGUCCUGCUUCUGUAACCCCGAAACACAGACACCUGUCUCUGACUUGAUAUCUUUUUAAAAAAAACACCAUUAGAUUUUCUCGUAGUCGACCGCCCUCUGCCCAAUUGGGGACCGAGGGGAUCACUGACGCUGGUCCCCGGGUGCCGGGAUUGCUGAACAGUGCGCCGAAGGCUGGAUAUGUUAACGUGAAGAUGGAUUGUGCUUAUCUGCUCUCGUGGUUGCUUACAGUUGUAGUAGAAGGCAUUUCUGCCCAGGGGGUGUACGCUCCACCAACUGUAAGUAUCAUGCACUCUGGUCAAGCAUGUAACAUUGAGGAAGAACGAUACACGGAGAGAGUGUACACAAUUCGGGAAGGAGAAACCUUGGAGCUUACUUGCCUUGUUCGAGGCCAUCCGCGGCCACAGAUCAGAUGGACCAAAACAGCAGGAAGUGCCUCUGACCGGUUCCAUGAUAACAGUGUUUUCAACGAGACCCUGCGGAUCACCAGAAUACAGCGCCACCAGGGAGGCCGCUACUACUGCAAGGCCGACAAUGGCUUGAGCACCCCUGCAAUCAAGUCCAUCCGAGUAGAUGUAUACUAUUUGGAUGACCCUGUGCUGACAGUACAUCAGAGUAUAGGUGAAGCAAAGGAACAGUUUUACUUUGAGAGGACUGUGUUCCUUCGGUGUUCAGUCAAUUCAAAUCCACCGGUCCGAUACAGCUGGCGUCGUGGAAGGGAAAUUCUGUCACAAGGAUCAGACAAAGGGGUGGAAAUCUAUGAGCCAUUUUUUACCCAGGGCGAAAUAAAGAUUCUGAAACUGAAGAAUCUUCGGCCCAAGGAUUACGCAAAUUACAGUUGCAUCGCGUCAGUCAGAAACGUUUGUAACAUCCCUGACAAGAUGGUCUCAUUCAAGCUCAGCAAUGCGACAGCUUCCCCUUCCAUCAAGCUGUUGAUUCCUGAGCAGAUAGUCGUGAACCCUGGAGAUUCGGUCUCAAUGGUGUGUGUCACAACCGGUGGGGAUCCCCCUCCUACUCUCACCUGGAUUAAAGCUAUUGGAUCUCUUCCUGAGUCGAGCGUCCUGAAGGGAGGGACUUUAACACUGCACUCGAUCAAUGCUGAUGAGGCCGGGGCAUACAGCUGCCUUGCCAACAACAACGUGGGCAACCCUGCUAAAAAGUCAAGUACAAUCACUGUAAGAGCUUUGAAAAAGGGCCGUUUCUGGAUUACCCCAGAUCCUUACCACGAUGAUGAUAACAUUCAGAUUGGGCGUGAGGUUAAAAUUUCCUGUCAGGUGGAGGCCAUUCCCCCAGAUGAGUUGACAUUCUCGUGGUUCAAGAAUGGACGUCCACUUCGGAGCUCGGAAAGGAUGGUUAUUUCCACAACGGAUCCUGAUGUCUCACCGGGCACAACUAGUCUGGACAUUAUUGACUUGAGGUUCACCGAUUUUGGGACAUACACUUGUGUAGCUUCGCUAAAUAGCAAGGUUGUGCCUGACAUCAGCAUUGAUGUCAAUAUAUCUAGCAGUACAGUUCCGCCAACGCUAUCUGUCCCAAAAGAGAAGUCUCUGAUGGUUGCUCGUGAAGCUGACACAGUGGAACUACAGUGCUUGGUUUCUGGGAAGCCAAAGCCCAUAAUCCUCUGGUCUCGCUAUGAUAAAGAGAAAGAGAAGGAACUUCCAAUGCCUGACGGCUCCAUGCAGAUGGAAAGUUAUGAUGGAUUAUUGCGCAUUGUGAAUGUGUCUAGGGACAUGAAUGGAAUAUAUAAAUGCCAAACGAGCCAGUACAAUGGAUUUAACGUGAAACCACGUGAAGCAGCUGUGCAGCUCAUCGUGCAAUACCCCCCAAGCGUGGAGCCCACAUUUCUGGAAAUUCGUCAGGGUCAAGGCCGGACCAUCACCAUGACCUGCAGAGUUCUGAAAGCAUAUCCGACUCGUGUGCUGGACUUUGAGUGGAAACUGGGAAAUAAAAUUCUAUUAACAGGGCGCUUCGAGUCACAGGAUUAUACGCAGAUCAGAGUAGACCAUCUCUCCAAAGACAAUUAUGGAGUUUACAGCUGCAGCAUCAGUAAUGAGGCCGGGGCUGGUACAUGCAGCUUCCUUGUGACAGGUAAAGCUUAUCCUCCUGAAUUCUAUUACGAUACACCCAACCCGCUUUGGCAAAACCGAGCCCGAGUCUAUUCCUACAUGCUACAGUGGACCCAGAUGAACCCAAAUGCUGUUGACCGUAUCCUAGCAUACCGUUUGGGGAUUAGGCAGACUGGCCAGCAGCGCUGGUGGGAACAAGAAAUCUCCAUGAAUGCAAUGAUCCAGACAGGGGAGUUAAUCACGCACAACCUCACAGAACUCCUAAAGCCAGAGGCCUACGAGGUUCGCCUGACACCUAUUACACGAUUCGGAGAAGGCGAUUCCACCAUCCGAGUCAUUAAGUACACUGACGCUCCCAUGACAAAUCCACAUUUGGGAGAAUUCAACUGUGCAUUUGAAAAUGAUAAGAUCUGUGGAUUCACUCAAGACCGGCUUGAUAAUUUUGAUUGGACAAGGCAAAGUGCUUCAACUAGGAAUCCAAAGUAUACUCCAAAUACAGGACCAAGUGCUGAUCGCAGUGGCUCCAAGCAAGGUUACUACAUGUAUAUAGAAACUUCUCGUCCUCGAAAGGAAGGUGAAAAGGCUCGGCUCCUGAGUCCUAUUUUCAGUACACUGCCGAAAAAUCCAUAUGGUUCGACGAACAGUGCUUACUGCGUGAGCUUCUACUAUAACAUGUAUGGAAAGCACAUAGGUACUUUGAAUCUUUUUCUACGAUUCAAAGGAUCGGCCAUAACCGAGAAUCUCAUUUGGAGUAUGUCUGGCAAUCAAGGUGAUCAGUGGCUGCAUGCAAGUAUCAACAUCAAUCCAAGUGGAACUUUUCAGCUGAUUUUCGAAGGCAUUCGGGGACCUGGUAUAGAGGGAGAUAUUGCAAUCGAUGACAUAACUGUAACAGAAGGGGAGUGUCGGAAAAUGGAUCAGCCUCACAACAAUUUGAAAACUGGUGGUGCAGUCUCUGUAUUAAUACAUAUGUGGCUGUUUUCAGUCACUCUUCUCAUCGCCAUGUUAAGCCAUCGAAGGUGACCUUAUUCUGGCAGAGGCUGUGAAAAGAUUCAUCAGGCAUUGCACAAAGAAUGAGUCUUUAUACAUGGACCUUCAAAAAUAAUUACCAAAGAUUCAUCAGCUGACUGCAGAUUCUGACAGUACAAUUGGUGAUUAAAAAAGCAUCAUGGGAGUGAGAAGGAUGCCAGAUUUGGGGAAAAAACAUACAAAAUAUUCCUAUGAAAAGUAGUCAACCCCAGAAGGAGAUUUUGUUAUUGUUGUUGUUGCUUUGGACGGAUUUCAAAAUACAACUGCAUCUUGAUUGGCUCUGAGUGAGCUUAGAAAAUUUGUCAAAGCACAAAUAUUUAGCUGCUUUAUUACAGCUGAAUGGAGAUGCUUGUCAACAAGAGGCAAAAAGGAUGACCGACAGAGAAAAAAAGUCCUACUGGAAACAGGGUAAAUAAAGUGCUGACAAUUACUCCCCAUGAGAAAUUUUCAGCAAAGCAUUAGAAAACUGUGGGGUUUCGUCCUCAGCUGCUCUUUCUGCUGUGAAUACAUGAUUUCAUGAUUGUCCAUAGCAAGUGUUUAAUUUCUUUCCUGUCCCUCCACUGUCAAAUUUGCUGUGCUUUAUUACAUGUUUGGUCUCUCUGCAUGCAUUUCUGCCCAUUGUAUGUGAACUGGGCACAAGCAGUACAUGGGCUAAAUAGGAUUUUGCUUGUGGCCAUAAGAAUACAACUGGUCAUCUGUCUGAAGUGAAGAAACCAAACCACCUUCUGUUCAUAACAUGCCAUAAAACCAAGUGCCUUCAAUUUGAAAAAAAUAUAUAAAAAUUGCCUGAAUCAUUUAAAUAGAAAAUACUUUGCACUGCUAACUUUGGAGUGUGUGUAAAACCUUUUGUAUAUAUGUUGCAGCCGAUUCCUACAAUUAACAGGCAAAGCAAGCAGCCACUGUAUGGUUCCUCCAAGCAGAGACUCGAGUUACAAUCAACGUCGUUCGGCAAGGCAUUCAUUAAAGCCAUCAAGGUGGUCGCAGCCUGUGAGCAUGUGAUUCUGUGGAAAAACAAAUAAUUCCACCACUUUGGCUGAUAUUGGGAGCAUCACUUUGUACAGAUAUUGAGUGCAAACACAAUGACCAGAGCAAAGAUCUCUAAAGGUGUGCAUAGCCCAGAGGAUUCAAACAAAUGACAGAUUGUACUUAUUUACCGUAAUUUCCAUUCAGAUUGAAAAAUAAUAAGCAAGCAGUGAAGAGCACUGUAGCAACAAAAUCACUGCUGAAUAACCCUGCAAUUUUUUAGGUUUGCAAGCACCAACUUUUCUUUGGGACUCAAGUCUUGACUGAAGACUACAAGAAGGCUACACCCCAUUAUCCAAAUCUGUGCCGAUUGUUAAAUCUUAUUUUAUUACGUUAGUGGGCAUGGAAAGCAUUGUGUUGCCUUUUGGAGCUCAAAAAGGACAAGAUUACACUGGAGUCACAGGAAAACACAUCAGACGUUAGCCAAGUGGUCUCAAACUGUUCUCCACCAUUCCUCAUCCUGCUGGUUUUAAAUUUCCAUGAUCUUUUUGUUUAAAUUAUUUGAUCUUUUAAAUUAAUUCAAGAAAUACUUUUUAGUCUAAAAUUGCAUAAUUGUACUCUCUGAAAUCCCGAGUAUUGACAAAAAGAAUUAUAUGCAAAAAUUUGGACUAGAGUUAUAAAAAAAAAUUCAUUGGAGCAUUAAUGUGAUUACUGAAUAUUGAUAUAAAAAGCACAAGAUGUAAUAAACAUUGAUGAGGCUUGAACUUUUACUUUAAAUUCCAUGGAAAGUUUGUCCAUUUUCAAGACUAAUGGCUGCAGAGAUGAUUUUACAUCCAUGUUCAAUAAACCUCUUUUCAGGUAUGGUGUGACUUAUUGCAUGUCUGAUUGCUAUUAUGGGAGAUUUUAAUUAAAACGGGAAGAUAAAAUUCAACUGGUUUCUAAAGCUUGCAGAUUCACUAUCGAUGAGCUGAAUUCUUUUGCUGAUUCCUGCAGCCACUUUCAUGCCUAGUAUGUUGCACUUGAUGUGAAAUUCUUCUAAUUAGCUCUCCAAACCUAUUUUGUAUUAAUGAGUUUUUUUAAUCUCAUCGUUAUAUCCAAUGUGAAGUGACAGAUUUCUUGCAGUCAUGAAUCCAGCUGUGCACAUGACCCUUUUCUAUCAUUUCCAUUUGCUGUUUUUUUUUGACUAAAAAGAACAUUCAGUUUACAAAGUUUGUCAGUUCAUUUGAAAUAAUAGUGUUCUUAUUGAAUAAUUGAAUAACCAGUGCUGGUCUCCUGUACUUAGAAAGCAAAUAGUGUUAGAGAAAGAACAUUUUCUUUUAUCUUUCUAUCAUAAAUCUGGGUCACUACAAAUAUCUUUAUCAGUGUGUUUUAAGUUGAAAUUUACAUCUUAUUUUUUGUUCUUUAGCCAGAAUUAGUCACAAAAGCAGCUAAUGAUAAAAAUGAUAGCUGAAGCAUAGACAAUACCAUGGAUUUUUUGUACAGUCUUUUAAACCCCAGUUGGCGUGGACCAGUAGUCACAUUGAAAUUGCAGUUAUCACUUUUCUCAGGCCAUUUAUACAUCUAUA